UCUCAACACCUGCACAGCGACUUGGGGCGCAGAUUUGCGGGCGCGCGAGAAGCAAAAAUCGAGCCUGGUUGAGACGUACUCUGACCGGAACUCGUAUGGAAAGGAGAGGCAAAGGGAGGCAAGACGAGAUGCCCGUCUCGGAUCUUCAAGGCAUGCUUUCGGGCAUGGAGCCGACGCUCCACGUCGAGCCGUACGUCUACCUCAUCUUUUCCAACGAAUCACCUCCCUCUUUUCCCUUGCUGGGGCCCGGGGGACGCGCCAUCAUUCCGUUUGCUCAGAUCGCAGAAGAUGAAGAAGGAACGACGUUGAUCGUGCGUCGAGCAGAAGCUGAAGCUUUGAAUCGCAGGCCUGAUUUCGUAGCGAGACGCAUCACGCUCAAGGUUCACUCGGCUCUGCAAGGUGUGGGAUUGACCGCUGCUGUGUCUGCUCGGCUCACCCAGCUCGGCAUCUCGUGCAACGUGAUUGCGGCAGGCAGACACGAUCAUCUUUUUGUGGAUGUGGAAAGAGGAGAAGAUGCUUUGGAAGCGUUGAGACGACUUUCCCAAGAGGCGAGAGAGGGAUGAAACCAAAGGGGCAUCGACAAGGAGGAGGGGGGAAAGAUCUUUGGUAGGAUUAUUGGUGCACCCAACCUCCGUCCAACGACCAGCACUUGGAAGUGAUGUAUGAAUUGGUCAGCAGCAAUAAGAC